UCGUCCGUCUUUCUUUUCCUUCUGAAGCACGAUGGCGUCGACGGUUGCGGUGACUUCGACCCCAGCGGCGGCCUCUCUUCUGUCUUUAGACCCGGAGCGGCAGCAGGAGUUUCAGGAGAAGGUGCAGCGCGUGCGCAAGACAGCCGCCGGCAAGAAUGAGACGCUAACGCCUGGUGUCAUUUAUUUGGGACAUAUCCCAAGGGGCCUUUAUGAGGCACAGCUCAGAGACUAUUUUGAUCAAUUUGGGACAGUCACGCGGCUUCGACUUUCACGGAGCAAAAAGACUGGAAACAGCAAAGGCUAUGGAUUUGUGGAAUUUGACUGUGACGAAGUUGCUAAGAUAGUCGCUGACACCAUGAAUAACUAUCUUUUCUGCGAGCGACUCUUGAAGUGCCAGUUUAUGCCUCCUGAAAAAGUACACGAAAACCUCUUCAAAGGCUGUGAACGAAAAUUCCGUAAACCAACACACCCAGCAGUGAAACGUUACAAUCGAAAGCGAUCGGUUAAAGAAAAAGCAAAGAUGACAAAGCAGUUGCUGAAGAAAGAGAGGAAGUUGCGAAAAAGAUUGGCUGAGAAGGGAAUAGAUUAUGAUUUUCCUGGAUUUGCAGCUCAGAUGCUUCCAAAGGAAAAAAAGACACUUUCAAACUCGGACACCAGCAUGGAUAUAUCUGUGAACAGUGAUCUUCCUACCCCAGUAUGUACACCAACAAUUCUUGAACGCCGAAAGUCUCAGUCAGAAGAAACUGACGACAAAGAAAUAACCUUCGCGCUGCCGCCUGCAAGUACGAAGAUCAGGGCUUCACCAAAAGUGAAAAAAGCCAAGUUGCGGAAUAAAACUGCAACUCCCAAGCAACAGAAGUGUAAAACAUGAGCGUUCCUUUAGCCCAAAGACUCUGAGUAAACGUGGAUACUCCCAGCAGUUUUGACUUGUAGGUCAAAAAAGGACUUCAGUACAAGAUUCCCUCCAUUCUGUUUUCAUGAAUACAUCCAAUCAGAAGAAAUAAACUAAAAGUUCAAUAUUUCAAGAA